AUGAUGGCUAGAAGCAAGGGUUAUGGAAAGAUUUCUUCCUAAAUUUUUGGAGGAAAAUAUUUAUUAUUAUUUCAAUUUAUGAAUACUUGGGCUCAAGUUUUCGAAACUGGAGAAUAUAGUAAUAACUUGAGAAUAGGCAGUUGGAUAUAUCAGUGUUACGAAUAAGGAAUGUACAUAUUUUAUAAUUUAUCUUAGUGUUGAUGGAUUUCACAAUAAAUAUUGGUAAAAGUAAAGAAAAUGGCUUGAUUUAGAUUAAGGGUUUCAAAAUAAUAAAUAAAUGAAUAUAUUAUGAAUGAAAGGAAGGUAGGUAUAUGGGAUAUAAUGUAUGAUAAUAGUUAUUAAAGGGAUAUUAAUAAAUGUAAAUAUCAUAUAAUAUAAAUAUAGUGGUGAUGGAUAAUAUGAACAAAAAGGUAAUUAGAAAAUGA